UUGUUUAAGUUAUGAUUUGUAAGAUACUGCUUCAGAAUGGUAACAGCAAUAAAGCUAUUUCAUAUAAUAAUCUUAACAGUUAAUUUUUGCCCAUUAGCCUUAAUGCCUUUUAUAAACUCUAACUAACAGUCUUGAAAUUGUUUUUUAAAAUAACAUUAAUUAACUCAAAACAAAAGCUAAACUUCAGUGAUUGAACUUGUAAGUAAUGCAAGAAAAAGCCUGAAGCAAUUAAAAGCCUACAUUCUGAAGUAGAGGUCAUGCUUUAAUUCUUUACCAAAUAUGGUUUAAGUCUUGAUAACUGAAUAAUUCUCUUUUUAGCAGCAUAUUACAUUACAUCACCUCCUCUAAGAUGACACCUGAAACCAUCAUUACAUUGGCAUUAAAAUUGGCUGAUUUGUCAUUCAAAACAAUUAACUUUACUCUAGAGCUGGAAGAAUAUCGUAUUAUGCUGACACAGUGUUAAAUGAUCUGAUAAAUUACUAAAGGCCGCUUUGUUAUUUAGGGCUGUUCAGCCCAUGCUCUGAACUGCACCUUUUCCUGUUAUGCAUAUCUUUAAAAGCUCAUUUUAAAGCUUACUCACAACUUCCCUUUCAUCUUUCUACUGCAUGCCAGAGUGGGGCUCUCCUAUACUAACACCAAGAUUUUACAGAGGACAGAUUUAAAAUGCUUACUCUUCUCUUUGCAACACUUAGUGGAUCCAGUGACAUACAGGAUGAAGAUGAUGUCACAGAACUUUUGAAUGCUAUCUCAGCAGCAAAUGGCAGAUCAUCGCCUCCUGCAAAUCAUGUCCAACACAAACCACCAAAAUUACAAAAGAGAGACACUGACUCUGUGUUAUCAUCUUUACUUGCAUCACUGGAACCUCCUCCUUCACCGCCUGAAUCUCUGCACUCUGUAGAUCCACAGGAAUUUGACUCACAGUGGGAAAGUGGCUACAGUGACAAUGAUGCUACUCCUGAUCUUGUGCCUAACAAAUCCAGACAUUUCUUUCAGAGUGGAUCUAGUUCAUCAGCAAAUCAAAGCAGUUCAUUUGACGAUAGGAAAGACUUACAGGAAGCUGCUAAUGCUGCACAGCCAGUUAAUCAAGUGCAAAUCAAUGAACUUAGUUCUAUAUCAGACAAUGAUAAUGCCCAAGACAAUAGUAACAAUACAGAUGAUAGCAGUGACAAUGACGAUGAUGACGUUGAUAUUGAUGAUGAAGAUGUAUUUGACAUGCUAAGAGACAACAGCCAGAUUGUGAUCGGCAUGCUGAACAAUACCAACACUGAAUCAGAGGAAACAAACGUUGUAGGAGACAAGAAUAGUACAAGAGGCAAUGACAGUCUUGUACCCGGGAAUUCUCUUGAUGCGACAGGGCUCUCUGAUGUUCCACCACCGAUCCCUACCACACCACUUCCCUCAGAUGAUGAAGAACCACCUGUCAAGCCACCACCUAGAGUGGAAUCUCUACCAAAGCAUUCAGCAAAUAUGGAUUUGAAUUCUAAACCAGUCAUGAACGGCACCAUUAGUGGACAUGGCAGUGGCAGUGACGAGCCUCCGGAACCAACGGAACCAUUGAUUGAUGUGGUUGAAGGUGGCAUGUACACAGGGCAAAGUCUCGACAACCUCAUCAGAAGUUUCAGGGAAAAACUAGACUCAAAUGUCCCUGCUGAAGAGUUUAAGGCACUGAGGGAGAUAAAACAAACAGAUGGGUGUGAUGCAGGCAAGAAACCAGCAAGCAAGGACAAGAACAGAUACAGAAACGUGCUACCAUUUGAAAAGACAAGAGUCAAGUUAAGUGGAGAUGGAGACAGUGAUUACAUCAAUGCUAAUCAUCUUAAGAUUCCACUUGGUGAUGACUUAUACCACUACAUUGCUACUCAGGGUCCACUUCCCAAUACUACUCAAGACUUUUGGCAGAUGGUCUGGGAACAGGAAGUGAUUGUGAUUGCCAUGGUAACACUAGAACGAGAAGGAGGAAAGGUGAAGUGUCACCGAUAUUGGCCUGAGUCUGAGGAUCAACCCCUGGUGUUCAGUGGGAGUCUGACAGUGAGUCUUCAAAAACAGGAAGAUUUUGAUUCAUUUAUAGAAAGAGAAUUUGAGAUCACCAAUCUUCAGACUGGUGAACGCAGGACUGUUUCCCACAUAAACUAUAUUACAUGGCCUGAUCAUGGUGUUCCUAAGAGUGCUGUGGAGUUGGUUGAAUUUGUUCGAUUCUUACGGCUUCUUGCUGAUGGCCCAGGUCCAAUUGUUGCCCACUGCAGUGCUGGAAUUGGCAGAACAGGAGUUCUUAUUACCAUAGAUGUAGCCUUGGGUCUCAUGGAAAGAGAUUUAUCAUUUGAUAUCAACAAGAUCAUCAGGAGUCUCCGUGAGCAGCGGCAGGGCAUGAUUCAGACCAAAGAUCAGUACAUUUUCUGUUAUAAGGCAUGCCUGGAUGUUCUUCGAUCACUGACUGCUAUCUAGAAAUUUUAAUUGCAUCUUAAAAUAUUGUUAUUAGUCUACUCGCCGUUAUAUAGUAUAUAGGUAAAACAUGGGAGAGAGUGUCCAGAAAAAAAUUAGUGUUAUUAAUAAUAAAAGUAGAUUCAUACAUGUACUGAUUUUUUUUUUAGCCACAACACAUGUACAGCACUGUCUGUAAAUGGCAUUUCCACCUCAAUAUUGUUUUCUGAUCAUAUUUAUUCAGUUGGGAAUUAAAUGUGAUAUUAUGGUGUUGCCUCUAGCAGAUAUAGCAUUUUAAUCUGGGAAAUAUUAUUUUCCUCUUUUUACAUUAAUUCAAAGUGUUUACCCACUAAGCAUGCUAAGGAAUACUGACUACAUAGUAUUUUAAGACCCAGUUUUGGCCAGGAUGCAUUGCAUUCUGUGAGCAUUGGAAAACAUUAGAAACCUCGCUAUCGUGUAACCAUACAAUAACAGGUGUAAAAAAAACAUAAUAGUCAAUACUGGGUCUUUAAAACUCAUGUCAGUGAUGCUGUCAUGCAGGGAAUCAAGCCUCAGCGAGAUUUUCCUUGCAAUAAAUUUGUAUAUAUAAUAUUCACUGUAAUGCAUUUAGUAAAGAUCUCUGUUUUCAGUUUUUUAUAUGCCCUUAAAUAUCAUGAAACAGGUGUUGUCCUGUGCAUUUGAGAUGUUACAAGGGCAAAAUGAAACCUAUUUACAAGCAGAAUACUCAAUUUGUUCUAGUUUAUUUAAUCACAGUUUUUGAAGAGAUUACAUUAGGCUUUUAUUUUCGAUUGGUUUUACUUUUUCACACCAUAUUUGUGUUUACCUCAGUUUUGUUUGCCUUUAUUUGAAAUAACUUCUGAAGAAUUAAUUUUUACUGAAGACCUAAAAAUAGAGAAGCAACAUUUCAACUGGAAUGUGGUAGCAGUUCACACUUGUCAGAUUUUGUAAUGACAUUUUAAAUAAAUCUAGUCAUUGUUUAUGACCACUCACAGCUGAGAUGUGGUUGUGAAAUGAAUUGAACUGAAUGUAAUAUUUUUUUAGCCCUUCAUGUGGGCAAGGGUAUUUUCUAAUUUAUUUCAGAAAGUUACAAGUAAUUCAUACAAAGCAAAUGUGUAACUAGAAUAAAGGGUUUGCCUUUGAAGAGCAACAUCUUUUACA